UGCUCUUCUACCUAUUGUUCUCCUCACAGAACCUCUGUCUUCUCCAGCCUCGGGCCGAACUCAUCGCAUCGUCUCGUUGUGUCCGUCACUGCUGAUCCUGAACCAAGGAAAUUCUAAGGACUCAUCUCCAAACUCUUUAGCCUCUUCUUAUCUGGGUGAAGUAGAAACACUGGCUCUGAAUCCACAGACUACAGGGGACAACAUGGUAGACAACACCACAAACACCUGGGCAAGACGUAUGCACGAGCAAAAUGUGAAGGAGGCUAAUAUCAUAUAGAAGAUGCAUCUUCCAUAAGUCCACUCUGGUCAUGUGGGCCAACAGCCAUAACUGCAGCGACACCAGUUAUUUCAUCCUCAGCGGCAUCCCAAGUCUAGAAGAUCUCAGCUUCUGGAUGGGUUUUCCUCUCAUCUCAAUGUACGUCAUUGCUGUUAUAGGAAACACCUCAAUUCUCUACAUCAUCAGGGUGGACCAGGAACUUCAUGAACCUAUGUACAUCUUUUUGUUCAUGCUGUCGAUGAUAGACUUGCUGUUAGCCACCACAACCAUGCCGAAAAUGCUGGAGAUCUUCUUGAUGGAUGGCAGGGAAAUUACUUUCGAUCUUUGUCUUACCCAGAUGUUCUUCAUACAUUUUCUCUCCGCUCUGGAGUCUGGCAUCUUGGUGGCCAUGGCUGUCGAUCGUUAUGUGGCUAUCUGCCACCCUCUACGAUACUCGUCUAUUCUAACCAGUGCAAAAAUUUGUAAGAUGUUUGCCAUGAUCUUGGUGAGAGGAGCUCUUGUUAUGAUUCCCAUCCCUCUAAUUAUCAAGAGGCUUCCUCUGUGGAAAAACAAUCAACUGACCCAUUCCUACUGCCUGCACCAAGAGGUGAUGAAUCUUGCUUGUGGAGACAUCAAAGUCAAUAUUAUCUAUGGACUAUUUGUCAUCCUUUCAGUCAUGGGCAUCGACUCGCUCUUUAUCUUCUUUUCUUACAUGUUGAUCAUUAAGACGGUGCUUGGUCUGGCGGAAGAGGCCAGCAUGAAGGCCUUCAGCACGUGUGCCUCCCACAUAUGUGCCGUCCUCGUCUACUACAUCCCCCUGAUUGGUCUAUCUGUCGUACACAGGUUCAAAAGCAACACAAUGCCAAACCUUCAUAUUCUAUUCGGGAAUGUCUAUCUCCUGCUCCCCCCUGUGAUUAACCCCUUAAUUUAUGGGAUUAAAACCAAACAGAUCCGACACAGACUCAAAAAGUUAUAUGGCAAAAUUUUCCAUCGGAGAAAAAAUUCCAGAAACAUCUGAUCAGAGCAGAAUGUGGAGGAUGCAAACAUGGACCCUAUAAAAGAUGCACAGAUGUUGAGGAUGUAUAAAGCUGCUGAUAAUGUGUGAUAUUUAUGACAUGUUUAACUAGUUUAUAUAUUGAGAAUGGGUAAGUGAAGGGAAGGUCCAGAUAUUGGGUUCUUCCAUAGUGUAUGAAUAUCUCCACCUCUUCUCGGUGUAAAGUCCUAGUGCUUCAUCUAGUGAUGUUUUUAGUAUGGUUUCUGGAUUUAAGCAACACUUGGCUUUUACAUUUUCUGGCUUUUUAUAUGUGUCAGACUCCACCUACUUCUGUUUUUUUCUUCUUUCUCUAUCUUGGGUUAUCAAAUGCUCAUAAUCAGCUAAAGGCACCAUACCCACAGCUCCUCUAAAGGGGUCACUUGUGACUGUAAAUACGGGUUUUCACAGGUCAAGUUAAAGCCAAUUGUCGGCAAGUAGGCAUUCCUUCCAGACAGUCCACUGCUUGUUCGGUGAAGGAGAAAGCUAUAUUUAUGCAAAGUGCCACCUCCCAGGGCCAAUCGUGUCCCAGGUUGUAGGAAUGCUGAGUGGUGAUGUGGUGUUAUUAGUCGCUCCCCAGGGUUAGGCUCCGUAGAGUGAUAGUUGGUGGAGUAAGAGUCCAGACUUGGUAAAAGUUCAUCAGCUUUAUGUGA